AUGUCAUCCGCUCAGGACGCGACGGCCUCGACAUCACGCCAGGCGACGGUGCAGAGAAAGCGCACGAAUGGGUCGAAUAACAGGGAUGAAAAGCAGUUUAUCGGCCAGUGGAGAAUAGGCCGGACGAUUGGAAAGGGCAGCUCAGGCCGGGUAAAAAUCGCCAAACACGCCGUGACUGGCAAAUAUGCUGCCAUCAAAAUCGUCCCCAAGGGCCUCAUCCUCAACUCGCGCAUGUCCAUGUCAGAGGCAGGCGCAAAGGCAGACAAGGUGCUCCUCGGUAUCGAGAGGGAAAUCGUCAUCAUGAAGCUCAUCGACCACCCCAACGUCCUCAACCUCUACGACGUGUGGGAGACAAGUUCAGAGCUGUACCUCAUCAUGGAGUAUGUUCCUGGGGGAGAGCUGUUCGACUAUCUCGUCAAGCGCGGUCGACUUCCCGUAUCAGAAGCGCUCCACUAUUUCCAACAAAUCAUCCAUGCCGUCGACUACUGCCAUCGCUUCAAUGUCUGCCACCGAGAUCUGAAACCCGAAAACCUUUUGCUUGACAAGGACAAGAACAUCAAGGUGGCCGAUUUCGGCAUGGCUGCUUGGGAAGCCGGAGACAAAAUGCUCGAGACGAGUUGUGGAAGUCCCCAUUACGCCAGUCCCGAGAUUGUUGCUGGCAAAGCUUACCAUGGCUCCGCAUCCGACAUCUGGUCGUGCGGUAUCAUCCUGUUUGCUCUCCUCACUGGUAGACUACCAUUUGACGACGACAAUAUCCGCGCGCUUUUGCAAAAGGUCAAGGCUGGAGUGUUUGAGAUGCCCGAUGAGAUCAAGGAUCCCGCGCGAGACUUGCUUCGACGAAUGCUUGAAAAGGACCCCGAGAGGCGUAUCACGAUGAGCGAGAUCUUGACCCACCCAUUCUAUGUUUCUCGUCCUCCCCGACCCAUUCCCGGCAGAGCGCGUGUCACGCCUCCUACUUUUGAUGAAGUGGAGCGACCCGUCAACUCGCCAGAGGAGAUUGAUCCCGAUAUCAUGGGCAACUUGAAGACUCUAUGGGCCGGUGCGCCCGAUGAUCAGAUUGUCGACGCGUUGAUGUGCAAAGAGAAAACAUGGGAAAAGGUCAUCUACCACCUGCUCAUCAAGUAUCGCAAUAAGCAUCUUGAAAACUACAACAUGGAAGAAGAGGCGUAUCUCGAAGCUAGAGAGCGUCGUGAAGCCCGCAGACAGCCUGGACCUUCCCCUGCUCGCAGAAAGGGUACCGCGAACCAGGCUCAGCAGCCACGACUUGCGCCUCUCGGCGAGAACGAGUCUGUUGCCAACACUCCGGUGAAGCGACCCCAGGCUCCUACGCCCAACAAGGCGUCUCGUGCCAAGUCUCCCAUGGAGUCGCCCACGCCCACCAAGGGCGUACAGCAGACCCGAGGUCCUGCCGGUCCUCGGCCGCCUACAAACAGGGACAACUCUGCCAACAGUACCGCUUCUCACGCCCCGACCAUCGUCUUCCAAGGCGCUACUCCCACCAAGGAAAUUCCUACCGCCAAAGUCACCUCGUCGAGACCUACCUCUGAGAUCAUCGCCCCCUCCUCUCCCAUCAUCAAUGCGCCGCAAGUGGAGGACGUCAACCUGCAGACGUUCCUCAACCAGAUUGCUGAUCAGAUGAACCGAUUCAGCGUGCGGUCGUCCGUGGCUUCACAGUCUUCCGAGACCAGUGAUGCCAUUCUUGGUAGCGACUACCAAGCUUGCCUUGCUUUUGCUGCUGGUAUCACGCCCAACAGUGCCCCUCCUGCCCGUGCCGUUACUCCCGAUGCGCAGACUGAAAAGAUUGAAGAGCAUGGUCAAUUCGAGGAUGCUACCGACGACCAGACCGAUGGUGACGGUGCCAGCAUCCACUCUACCUUCACUGCUUCCAUCGCCCCCACGAGCCCUCUUGCCGGCCUCGGUCUUGGUGCACCCUCCAACCGGCCAAGCCUACACCCUAUAUCAGGGCCCAACCAGCAGAGGUGGAGUUAUGCGUCUUCCCAAGGCUCGUCAUACAGGGGUUCCUCCGCGGGCUCCUAUCAGCCCAUGGAGUCACCCCAGUUCAGCUACAGCCCCAUGGAGCUGCAGACACCGGCAUUCCAAUCAGACCGUACUGCCCCUGCACCUCCUCCGAGAGCGACCCGCCCAGCACCUACUUCUGCCUCUAGACCCCUGCCGCCGAGUCCUGUCGCUUACGAGCCUGUCGAGAGUUUGCUGCAUCGAGACAACUCGUAUGUCAUCAUUGACAAUGCCGAGCUUCCUUCGGAUGCGAGCAUGAGCUCUUGGGGCAGCAGAUCUUCUGGCGGAUUCAAGGCUCGUGGUGGUCUGGACGGCUUUGGUAUGCUCAAGAAGAACAAAAAGCUCACGGUCGACCCCACGGGCUACUCUUCCGACAACCUCGGCCCUCCUUCUGCCACCUCAUCCGUCAACUCGCCCAAGCGAUCGUGGUUCAACAACUUGUUCAACUUUAAGCCUGCUACAUGCAGUCUGCUAUCACACGACAAUGUUGCCACCACGAGGGAGCGGGUGAGACGGGUGUUGUCGAGUCUCGGGACGAGGGUGGCUGUGGUUGAACUGGAUGGGCACAAGGCGCUCAAAUGCAAGUUGGAUGAAGUGAGGGAAGAUGGCGGGAAUGUGACGGCCAGAGGUGUCAGGUUCAGAGUAGAGUUCUCAAGAGCCAGCCAGACUACUGGCGGGCAGACCAACACUCUUGUGACUCUGACUCAGGAGAAGGGCGCCGAGUCUUCUUUCCGAGUCUGCUUCGCGGAGCUCAAGCACUUUAUGGACUCUCAACCAUCGGCACCUGCCUCCCUGUCGCUCGGCUCUCGCCCAGCUGGCCAGACCCGGUCAUACGUCCCUCCCAUUAGCCCCCUCCUCUCUGCGCCUCCUAUAAGACACCCCGCUAGCGCUCCAACCACUCCCGUCGUCGAAAGUCAUCCCAGGUUCGGCACCCCAUACCUGUCUCUUUCCCCUCAGCCUCCGACCCAACUACCAAGUUUCUAA